CGCCUGUGCCUGCCUCGCCGGGUCCGUGUCCCGUUGCGGCCCUGCUGACGCCCAGUGCCCUGCCCGGCCCCUGCCCGGCCAGUGCGCCGCCACACCUGGCAUGUCAAGGCCUGGACCACACCUGCCUGCCCAGCGCUUGGAAGCUCAGCGGCCCCGCGAGCUAGGAUGAGGGGCCAGGCCGCACCCCCGGGCCCCCUGUGCGUUCUGGCCACGCUGCUGCUGCCACUGCUGCUACUGCCCAUGCCACGGCCAGCGCUGGGCCAGGGGGCCCGGGCAGGCCCAGGAACCGAGCCCUGCGCCACGCUGGUGCAGGGCAAGUUCUUUGGCUACUUCUCUGCGGCCGCCGUGUUCCCGGCCAACGCGUCGCGCUGCUCCUGGACCCUGCGCAACCCGGACCCUCGGCGCUACACGCUCUUCAUGAAGGUGGCCAAGGCGCCCGGCUCCUGCGGUAGUGGCAGCCGCGUGCGCACCUUCCAGUUCGACUCGUUCCUGGAGUCCACGCGCACCUACUUGGGCGUGGAGAGCUUCGACGAGGUGCUGCGCCUCUGCGACCCCGCCACGCCCCUGGCCUUCCUGCAGGCCAGCAAGCAGUUCCUGCAGAUGCAGCGCCAGCUGCUGCCCCCCGACCGCGCUCCUGGGGUCCUCGGGGCCCCCCACGACCACGACUUCUCCGUCGAGUACCUGGUGGUGGGCAACCGCAGCCCCAGCCGCGCCGCCUGCCAGAUGCUCUGCCGCUGGCUCGACGCUUGCCUGGCUGGCAGCCACAGUUCGCACCCCUGCGGCAUCAUGCAGACCCCCUGCGCCUGUCUGGGCGGGGACCCUAGCCACCCUGCCUCCAGCCCCCUGGCCCCUCGCGGGGACGUCUGCCUGAGGGACGGCCUGGCUGGAGGCCCUGAGAACUGUCUCACCAGCCUGACCCAGGACCGGGGCAGGGACGGAGCUCCAGGCGGCUGGAAGCUGUGGUCUCUGUGGGGCGAAUGCACGCGGGACUGCGGGGGAGGACUACAGACACGCACGCGCACCUGCCUGCCCGCACCCGGCCUGGACGGGGGUUGUGAGGGGGUCCUGGAGGAGGGGCGCCUCUGCAACCGCAAGGCCUGUGGCCCCGCUGGCCGCUCAAACUCUCGGAGCCAAUCUCUGCGGUCCACGGAUGCCCGGCGGCGCGAUGAACUGGGAGAUGAGCUGCAGCAGUUUGGGUUUCCGGCACCCCAAACAGGUGACCCCGCGGCCGAAGAGUGGUCUCCGUGGAGCGUGUGUUCCAGCACCUGCGGGGAAGGCUGGCAGACUCGCACACGCUUCUGCGUGUCGUCCUCCUACAGCACCCAGUGCAGCGGGCCCCUCCGGGAGCAGAGGCUCUGCAACAACUCAGCGGUGUGCCCAGUGCAUGGUGCCUGGGACGAGUGGUCACCCUGGAGCCUGUGCUCCAGCACCUGUGGCCGUGGGUUCCGGGACCGCACUCGUACUUGCAGGCCCCCCCAGUUUGGAGGCAACCCCUGUGAGGGGCCCGAGAAACAGACCAAGUUCUGCAACAUUGCGCUCUGCCCUGGCCGGGCAGUGGACGGAAACUGGAACGAGUGGUCCAGCUGGAGCGCCUGCUCGGCCAGCUGCUCCCAGGGCCGGCAGCAGCGCACGCGCGAGUGCAACGGGCCUUCAUAUGGGGGCGCCGAGUGCCAGGGCCACUGGGUCGAGAGCCGAGAUUGCUUCCUGCAGCAGUGCCCAGUGGACGGGAAGUGGCAGGCCUGGGCAUCGUGGGGCGGCUGCAGUGUCUCAUGUGGGGGCGGAACUCAGCGCAGGGAGCGCGCCUGUGCUGGGCCCUUCUUUGGGGGUGCAGCUUGCCAGGGCCCCCAGGAUGAAUACCGGCAGUGCAGUGCCCAGCGGUGUCCAGAGCCCCACGAGAUUUGUGCCGAGGACCCCUUUGGCACGGUGGUCUGGAAGGAGACCCCAGCUGGGGACGUGGCUGCUGUUCGGUGUCCCCGCAAUGCCACAGGCCUCAUCCUGCGGCGCUGUGAGCUGGAUGAGGAGGGGACCGCCUAUUGGGAGCCGCCCACCUAUAUCCGCUGCGUGUCCAUCGACUACCGAAACAUCCAGAUGAUGACCCGGGAGCACCUGGCCAAGGCUCAACGGGGCCUGCCCGGAGAGGGCGUGUCCGAGGUCAUCCAGACUCUGGUGGAGAUUUCCCAGGAUGGCACGAGCUAUAGCGGGGACCUGCUGUCUACCAUCGACGUGCUACGGAACAUGACCGAGAUCUUCCGCCGGGCCUACUACAGCCCCACACCCGGCGAUGUGCAGAACUUCGUGCAGAUAAUCAGCAACCUGCUGGCUGAGGAGAACCGGGACAAGUGGGAGGAAGCCCAGCUGAUGGGCCCCAAUGCCAAGGAGCUCUUCCGGCUGGUGGAGGACUUCGUGGACGUCAUUGGCUUCCGCAUGAAGGACCUUCGGGAUGCCUACCAGGUGACAGACAACCUGGUCCUCAGCAUCCACAAACUCCCGGCCAGCGGGGCCACGGACAUCAGCUUCCCCAUGAAGGGCUGGCGGGCCACAGGAGACUGGGCCAAAGUGCCCGAGGACAGGGUCACCGUGUCCAAGAGCGUCUUCUCCACGGGGCUGCCAGAAGCCGACGCCUCGUCUGUGUUUGUGGUGGGCACCGUGCUCUAUCGGAACCUAGGCAGCUUCCUGGCACUGCAGAGGAACACCACGGUGCUCAACUCCAAGGUGAUCUCGGUGACUGUGAAGCCCCCGCCACGCUCCCUGCUCACUCCGCUGGAGAUCGAGUUCGCCCACAUGCACAACGGCACCACCAACCAGACGUGCAUCCUCUGGGACGAGACAGACGUACCCUCCUCCCCCGCACCCCCGCAGCUCGGGCCCUGGUCGUGGCGCGGCUGCCGCACGGUGCCCCUCGACGCCCGCCGGACGCGCUGCCUCUGCGACCGCCUGUCCACCUUCGCCAUCUUAGCCCAGCUCAGCGCCGACGCGAACAUGGAGAAGGUGAUCGUGCCAUCCGUGACACUCAUCGUGGGCUGCGGUGUGUCGUCUCUCACCCUCCUCCUGCUCAUCAUCAUCUACGCGUCUGUGUGGAGGUACAUCCGCUCCGAGAGAUCCGUCAUCCUCAUCAACUUCUGCCUGUCCAUCAUCUCCUCCAAUGCCCUCAUCCUCAUUGGGCAGACCCAGACCCGCAACAAAGUGGUGUGCACACUGGUGGCCGCCUUCCUGCACUUUUUCUUCCUGUCGUCCUUCUGCUGGGUGCUCACCGAGGCCUGGCAGUCCUACAUGGCCGUCACCGGCCGCCUGCGCAACCGCCUCAUCCGCAAGCGCUUCCUCUGCCUGGGCUGGGGGCUGCCUGCUCUGGUCGUGGCCAUUUCUGUGGGCUUCACCAAGGCUAAGGGCUACAGCACCAUCAACUACUGCUGGCUAUCCCUGGAGGGGGGCCUCCUCUACGCCUUCGUGGGACCUGCCGCUGCCGUAGUACUGGUUAACAUGGUCGUGGGCAUCCUGGUGUUCAACAAGCUGGUGUCCAAAGACGGCAUUCCUGACAAGAAGCUCAAGGAGCGUGCGGGGGCCUCGCUCUGGAGCUCCUGCGUGGUGCUGCCGCUGCUGGCGCUGACCUGGAUGUCGGCCGUGCUCGCUGUCACCGACCGUCGCUCCGCCCUCUUCCAGAUCCUCUUUGCCGUCUUUGACUCCCUGGAGGGCUUUGUCAUCGUCAUGGUGCACUGCAUCCUGCGCAGAGAGGUUCAGGACGCCGUCAAAUGCCGCGUGGUGGACCGGCAGGAGGCAGGUGAUGGGCACUCUGGGGACUCCUUCCAGAAUGGCCACGCCCAGCUCAUGACUGACUUCGAGAAGGACGUGGAUCUGGCCUGUAGAUCAGGUGAGCGCCUGACAGUGCUCAAUAAGGACAUCACGGCCUGCCGCACGGCCACCAUCACGGGCACCCUGAAGCGGCCCUCCCUGCCCGAGGAGGAGAAGCUGAAGGUGCCCCAUGCCAAGGCACCGCCGCCCAACUUCAACAGCCUCCCCGCCAACGUAUCCAAGCUGCACACCCACGGCUCCCCACGCCGGGCAGGCGCGCCCCUGCCCGACUUCCCCAACCACUCGCUCACCCUCAAGAAGACGCCCAAGUCGGCCUUCGUGGGGGACGGCGACAUCUUCAAGAAGCUGGACUCGGAGCUGAGCCGCGCCCAGGAGAAGGCCCUGGACACAAGCUACGUGAUCCUGCCCACGGCCACGGCCACGCUGCGGCCCAAGCCCAAGGAGGAAGCCAAGUACAGCAUGAACAUAGACCAGAUGCCCCAGACCCGCCUCAUCCACCUGGACAUGGCCCCCGACGCCAGCGGCCACACGCGCAGUCCCCCGGCCCGCGAGCCCCCCGAUGCGCCCCCCACCCAGCCCCCGCCACCCCCGCCGCCACCCCCGCCCCCCCAGCCGCCCCUGCCCCCUCCGGCCCCGCUGGAGCCAGCACCCCCCAGCCUGGGGGACCCCGUCCCCCACGCAGGCCCCAGCACGGGGGCCGGAGGCAAGGCCGAGAACAUGACCACACUGUCCGUGGGGUCCCUGGAGCGGCGGAAAUCGCGGUAUGCUGAGCUGGACUUUGAGAAAAUCAUGCACACCCGCAAGCGGCACCAGGACAUGUUCCAGGACCUGAACCGCAAGUUGCAGCAGCACGCGGAGAAGGAGAAGGAAGUGCUGGGCGCAGAGAGCAAGCUGGAAAGGCAACAGACCCCCAACAAGCGGCCCUGGGAGAGCCUGCGGAAAGCCCACGGGACUCCCGCGUGGGCCCGGAAGGAGCUGGAGCCGCUGGCGCCGGUGCCCCUGGAGCUGCGCGGUGUGGAGUGGGAGAAGCCGGGCGCCACCAUCCCGCUGGUGGGCCAAGACAUGAUUGACCUUCAGACUGAGGUCUGAGCAGGCGGGCAGUGGCCAGCACCGGCCCGGACGGACGCUCUGCCGGCUCCUGCCACAGGCCAGGCACGGACAGGACCAGGGCGGAGGGCCAAGCCCGCGCCCCAGCCUCAGGGCGCUGGACAGACAGCCCUGCAGAGGCAGGCAGCGCAGAGAGCAGAGCCAGACGGGACAGGAGGCGGCCACCCCGCAGGCCCAGGGCUUAGAGACUGCGAAAGGGCCGCAGACUCUCCCUUCUGGGCCUGGCUUCGCGCCAGGACCCGUGGGCGGUGGGCCAGGGUCCGUGUGGCCGGCCCUGCCGGGACCAGGAUCUGCCUGCUGGGCCCCACGGCCUGGCGCCGUUUUUAGACACCCCAUCUUUGGGAAGCAGCCAGCCCUCACACUUCCAGGGCCCUGGGCCCCAGACCCAGGAGAGCACAGCCCUCUGCCUGCCCAGCCCUGGGGCAGGCCCAGGAGCCUAUUCCGUAAGAAGCAGGGCUGGGGAAUCUAUUUUUUCUCUCCUUUUCUUUUCUUCAAUAAAAAGAAUGAAAAACCCA